GUUAAAAACUCUUUAAAUAUUUGUAGUUCAACUCUCUUUCUCUCUCUCUCUAAAAAUAGCAACCACCACAACCUCUUUCAUGGAGUUUGGGACACACUAAAAUCUCUUUCACAAAGAGUUCUGUCUGCCAUAGCCCCACACUGCAAAACCACUAUUCCAGUACAUUGUCUCAUAAAACUGUGAUUCUGUUGCAUAAAAAUGGAGUCUUGGAAUUGCGUUUCUGAAGGGAAGGAGUUUGAAUCCGAUGAAACAAUUUUACCUACUAAUAAUUCACUCUCAAGAAGUAAGAAUUGCUUGCUGGGCUGGGAAUUGAGAACCCCAUGUAGUUUUGGCAACGACUUGUUAGUCUCAAGUCAACAGGCUGUUGAGAAUCAGCGAUUUGGGGAAUUGGGUUUUCCAGAGAUGAUUGGGAGACAACUAAACCACAAUUCCACCAGUGAAGUUGUGAGAAGUAGUAAGGUUGGUGAACAUGUUGUUAAUCCGGUUAUGUCUAUGCCAAAUGGAUUUUCUGGCGAAGAUGAUUCCACUUCCAAGCUCUCAAGCUCUGGGGCGGACUCAAAUAGUAGGGAUUAUUCGUUCAUUGAUUUGAACCUUGGGCGCCUUGCUGAUAUUAGAGAUGCUCAUAAUUCUAAAUUUUCUAAAGGAGCUCCCAUUUUGUUAUCUUCAUCUGAAUCAUCUUCACCUGCAAAGAGAGUUCGAGCAUCCAGUAUGCAUUCACAAACUUCCUUCUGCCAAGUUUAUGGCUGUCAUAAAGACCUCAGCUCUUCUAAAGACUACCACAAGAGGCAUAAAGUUUGUGAGAUUCACUCAAAGACUGCCAAAGUUAUCGUGAAUGGCAUUGAACAGAGGUUUUGUCAGCAGUGUAGCAGGUUUCAUUUGCUGGCUGAAUUUGAUGAUGGUAAGCGUAGCUGCCGUAAACGCCUUGCAGGCCACAACGAGCGUCGGAGAAAGCCUCAAGGUAUUCACACUGGGAGGGCCGGGAGAUAUCUGCAGUCAUAUAAUGACAUUGCAGGUAGCAGAUACCAGGGAAGUCCUUUAACAACGACAUCCUUUGUUUGCCAAGAGAUCCCCCCUAGUGGUCUUUUUCAACCUGAGAAAUAUGGAACUAGUGACUGGUGUAGGCAUAUAAAAAUUGAAGGUGGGUCUGAUUAUAGGCCUAUGACAACCUUUCCUAUUACCAAUGGGAAUCAGCAUUCAAAAUCCCUCUUCCCUACCUAUAGCAUAGAAAAACAGUUUCCCCCUUUUCAUGACAGUGGAGCUAAUACUACAACAGGAAGCAUUUUCAGUGAGAAUGUUAGUCAAUAUACACAUGACAUAGGAGGCCAAAAUUCUAGCUCACGUUCUUUUUUCCAGAGCACCUCAGGAAGUGAAGACUUCAGUGUUUUUGAUGCAGCAUCAACCGCUCAAGGAUUAUCGGGAAUUUCAGACUCUGGUUGUGCUCUCUCUCUUCUGUCAUCUCAAUCACAGAACUCUUCAAGCCAUUCAUCUGGAAUCCCCAUGGCUCGUCCAUUGAUCAUGCCAGGUAGCCACCCCCAUUAUGGCAUGAGUCGAGUCUCCGAGAAAUUCAUAGGAGUAAGCUCACAAGCUUCCCCUAGUGGAGCGUCAAAUAAGUUCAUUUCAUCAGAAAUGAAUUCUGCAGAAGAGAAUCACCUUGGUCAUGUGUUUAUAUCUGAUAGUAGUGAUGCUAUCAACCUUGAAAUUACAGAUGGGAUUUUCCAAGGCUCUGAUUUUUUGCAUUCCAGCGAUCGCCAUUCCUGUGAAAGUGGACCUACCAUUGACUUGCUUCAAUUGUCAUCAGAACUCCACCGAGUGGAGCAUCAGAGGCAAUCCUUGCAGGUUAAGCAGGAAAAUGAUGCUCAGCAAGCAAGGGACUGAAAGGUUGCACUUGUAUUCAGACAGGGAGAAAGGUAUCAUAGAAUGCUGCAGAACAUAAGACAACCUAAAUUGAAGAAAUAACAUGGAUGGAUGUGCUAAAGAGAAGCAAGGGAAGAGUAAGAAUAUUUUAAAUCAUUCUUUAGAGUGGCUAACAAAGUUGUAUAAGCCUGUUAAUUCAAUUAGGUAGUCAUUCUUUAGAGUGCUAAUGGCUCCAAAAUUGAAAAUUUCACCUGUAUGAGAAGUGUGAACUGAUUAGGCCUCUACAGUCCAAUCAUUUUUAGUUUUUGAAAUCCUCUUAAAAAAUGGCAUUACAACUCUAGUCUUCCCACUCUCAAGCAUUAGUAGUUUAUUAAAUAAUGAAUAAAAUUCUCAUUCCCACA